UUGGCCGUCCGACCCCGCCACUCAGCGCCGCCGGGGCGUGGGCGGCGGCGGCGCUGGGCCGGGGGGAGCCGCGAGGCCGGGAGCGGGGUAGGCUGCGCCCGUACUUAAGCGCUCUGCCCGAGCCGCUGACGUCUUUCGAAUUGGAGACGGGGCCGUUCCCCUCCCGCCUCGGGCUCCCGCGGACGCGGCCGGGAACGGAGCCAGGGUACGAGUGUCUAGAAUGCCCAAGUAUGCACAGCAGCUUAGAGAUCAUGACAGAAAUCCUUGCAUAGCGGAAACAGAUGCCUCUAGAAAAUGUAUGGAUGACAACAACUAUAAAAAGGAUAUGUGUACUGAUUAUUUUUUGAAGUACAAAAACUGCAGAAAAUUCUGGCAUGACAUUAUGAUGCAAAGGAAAAGAAAUGGUGUGAAACCGGAGAUGCCCUCAGCAGAAGAGAGAAAGAAAAUCUUGGAAUCGGUAGAGAAGCCAUACUGACUACAAACUUGCAUUGUUUUACUGUUUUCACUGUACAUACGAAGACUUAACAGCAGCAGGUUGCCCUCUUGUAAACUGGACUUCACUGUUGCCAUAUCUUGGAUUAAAGUAAGCUCCUAAAUUUUGAAGUGUGAGCUUUCUAAGAUAGGACUAGUUCUAUUUGUGCUCUUCCUCAUUGGUGUUUAGUGUCUCACUAGAAGACUUGGGUACCAACACAGCUUGUCCAGACACCUUGGAAGUAGAAGCUAACAUGCUGUGAAAUAGUAAAGACUCCAAGAUUUGCAAUUCUAAGUUCUAACUUUUCUAAUAGUUGUAAGUUUUAAGGGCUGAGUAUGUUUAGAAAGACUAGUAAAGGACUAGUAUGUGCAAAAUCUCUUGUAUGUAGCUAUUCUGACUAAUAUUCUAAGCUUAUCAUGGGUAGUCCUGUCACUGUUUUCAUGUGUUGUUUUCAGUGUCCCUUCUUUAAAUAACAGUAUUCAUGAACUAAAAUCCCAAUUCCAGCAAGCUGUCAGUAAGAUUACAGCUCUUCAUUGAUGUGAGCAGAAGGUUGCUAUAAAUCAGAUGUCCAGGCUUUGCUUGGUACAAGGUUAGAGAGGUUGGUGAAGAUGGAACUGAACUAGUCUCAGCUGAAUAGUACCUUUGGUGGAUAGUAAAUAGAUACUUGGCUGUUGGAGGGGGUUGGGGACUUUGUAGGCAUGUAAACAUGCACUUGGAGUGACAUAGCAGGUUUAACUAUAGUACAUCUAUCUAAGACUCUGGACAGCUGAAGCCCUGGGUUUGGAAAUGCUUACUCAUACAAGACUACAAAGCUCGGUUUGAAUAGGCUACUCCAGUCUUACUUAAAACUGAUUCCUUAUCUAAACUGGGCAACUACUAAGAGUAAUCAGAUUGCUGUCUAGAAACACUUAUUUUCUUUACCUUCAGUGUUUUCUAAUGUGCUGGCUACCUCACACCCUGUGGUAAAAUGGAAAAACCACUGUCAUGAGCUCAAGUUCCAUGUGAAAACCUUUUAAGACAUACUGCGAUUAAGUUGGCAGAACUCUGGCUGACCUCUUGGAGGAUGGUGUAAAAGUGUUGUCUCUCUAUUUAGACUGUUUUGGAAAGACUUCAUAGCUUCCUGUUUUUCCCUCUGUCUGGCUUGUCUCAUUGCUUUCCACUCAAGGCCUAUUUCUAUGUUAGUAGCAGUUUUAUGCUAUUUUCACCUUCCCUCUUGCCAUUUGACUGACUAGUAACUAAUGGGAUCUACUUUUCCUCCUGUCUUUCUGGCUGCUCUCCUUUUAUACCUGAGUUUUGAAGCGGGUUGAUCGUGCCCUUUUUGUUACUGGAAAGAGUGUAACUCUAUGCCUCUUGAGUGCGCAGUUCUCUGAGAAUAGCUGUCUGGCCUCCAAACCAUGUCAUAAGUUCUCUUGUGUGUUCCUGGCAAGGGAAGUAGACCUUCUUCAGUGAAGAUCAUGAGAUUCUUUAUUUUGGAUUAUUUUGUCUCUACUUAAAAUUCAGACUUUGCUGUUAGUGAUUGUAUUUUUGUUUGGAGCAGAGGAGAAGCUUCCAUACUAGAUUCGAAGGCUCUCCCUUGCCCACCGCGUCUAAAUUGUUCCAAUACCCUCCUAUUUAGGAGUUUUUUCCAGUUUGGCACAAAUUCUUCUGUGUAAUAAUUUGAACAUUUUUAGCCUGUUCCAAUUCCAGCAUUUUUCUAGUAACUUUGUUCUUUCUCUGCUCUAAUGAUCUAGUCCUGCAAUGACUUUCUAAUACAGCUCUUCUUCCUGAAGAUCCUGUGUUCUCCAUGUGAGUGGAGAAUUCCUUGCUUUUGUUAGUUAGGCUUACUGGUGCUACUUCAUCAUUGGCCAUACUUUUAUUUAAUCUUCCUGCUCUCUGAAUUUUGGCUAGCUGGCUGUCUUCUUUUAUUGCAUCUCUGGACUUUUCUAGUCUUGCUGCUUUGCUUGUCUGAGUGCACCUUCUCUCCCACUUGGCACAAGUUUGUCAUUUGGUACCUUUGCUGUAUCUUUAGGCAUGGUGUCUUUGCUCUUAUGGCUUUAGUUACUAAUCUAGUGCUUGCUGUUUUCUUCUUGCUGCACUCUGGCUCUGGACUUGCACUUAAAUCUGUUCUCUUGCAUGAGUUGAAGUUUCUUGAAGCUGUCUCACUUACCCAGAAUCUUUCUUUCAGAUGUGAGUGUAAGAAUAGCCAUACUCCUAGUGGGUUUUUACAUUUCCAUUUUUUUUCCUGCUGAUGUUUUCUGGGGGGAUUUCUGCUCAUUUCCUUCUCUUAAAGGAUGGUUGACAUGUGGCAGUUCGAGGUAUCUGCUAUACUGCGUCUAAAGAAAUAGGACUUGAAUUCAGAAAGUUAGAGGAAGAGAUGUAUUCCCUGCUGGAGCUAUUUCACAACGCAAAAAUAUGGGAUUGCAGGGUGAGCUUAAGGCAUGUGUAAUGCAAGAGCAAUUCUCUACUAUUAGACUUUCUGAUCAUCAGUGGACAUACAAGGUAAGUUACUUUCAGGCUAUAUGGCAAGCCUGAUCUUUUUUGAUGAAGUGGCAGCAGUGUAAGCAGUGACGUUAAGAUUGCAUUCAGGUAACAGUUAUCUGUUGUGAGGGAUGUUGCUUAUUCAGUUGUGUAUUGCACGUGCUUUAUUAAACUUCUUCCUUCCCCAGAUUUGUUCUAAAAAUAAUUCAAUAAUGUAAUUCAAUCCAUGAGUGAAGUUUGAGUCUUUGUUUUCUUCCAUUCACUUCAGGUUAUUGUUCCUAGUUUCACUUCUGAGGCUGUGGAGUGGUAAAUUAUGGCAGCAAAAACAUAAGCUGUUAUUUAUGAAACAAUUUUUUGGUUAAUUUUUGUAGUGUGGUUAACUGUCUUUGGUUGUGAGCCAAAGGUAAUGGUAUUUUCUUCAUGUCUGAGAGUUGAUAUUCUGCACAUCAAGCACUGAGGUAAGUUGUAGACUGCCAGGCUUUCUGGGCAGUAAUAAAUCGGGUUGGACUCCUUGCUUCACUAAAGCAAGCACACAAUCUUCUGCGCUAACACAGGAGCAAAACAUGAAGGACCAAAUGCAAUUCAUUUGGGAAGGAGAAGACUUUUUGUGGGUUUUGUUUGCUAGUUUUAACUUAGUUUUUUGUGGUACAAAACUAAAUCUGGAUCGUGGUGGUGAACUGCUUCAUUUUUUUGUUUGACAGCUGGAUGGUGCUGUUGUACAACAGAGGCUGCAUGAAAACAACAUUGCUAACCACUGCUGUCUUUCUAGGUGUUGUGUGUUUUUUUUUUUUUUUAUUUAUUUUUAAGCCUCUUCCACAGAUUUAAAACCUGAAAUUCAUUUAGGAGAAGGGAAGGCUGGAUGUUGCCUCUAUACUGUAAAGAGAUGAGGAAGGUGAGAGUCUAGAAUGCUGGAGAUAGGGAGUUUAUGUGUAGCCUGAGAAACCUUCAACUAUGGUCCUCCAGAGUAUCUUUUUUCCACUGAGGUCUCUUGCUCAGAGCUGAGCACUGAACCAGCAGUCGCUCUGGGCUUUCUGCCAGGCCCAGGUGAACGUCCAGAUGUGUCUUUGUUUUACAGUCUUGUGGUUCCUGUAAUCCUACAGUGCAAGACUGCUGUGAUGCUUUCUGCUCCCAUGGUGGGUAUGACUUGGUGCUCCUGUAGGUGUUAGCCAUUUAGCUCCAGAGUCCUGAAAACAUCUUUGGGUUCAGUAGGUAAAGGUUUGAUAGGCAGAUCGUUGCAUGUGCUGCAGCUUUGGGUGUUCUUGGUCUUCUCUGACUAGUUAAGUAUGGAAAGGAAUGGAUAAUAUAGAUAUACUUCAGAUAUUAUUUUGUUAUUGCUACCUGUUGGAUAGAAAAUUACGUUUAUACCCACUAAAUGCUAAUGGACUAAAUGGACUAUUAAGGCUUCAGUAUGUUUUUAUCUGUUUCUAUAGAUAAGUAAGACUCAUCAGAUUUUGAAUAAAUUCUCACUCCAUUCUUCAGGGUUCUAUCUUGGUGCCUUCUUUGUCCAAAUCCUUUUGUGAGUGACUGCAGUUCUAACACCUUCAAUACAGGUGAAGUCUUAAAUCACACGAUUACUUCCCACUUGACACUUGAUGCUGAACUAAACGCAGCUAACCUGAAACUCUUUUAGAGUUAGCCUGUCUUCCCUGUUAGCAUCUCACUGAAUAACGCCAGCCUUUUCCUUGUGCUAGUGCAAAUCCUGCCCUUAGACUCCCAUUUUCCUAUGACUUCAGUCUUGUGGAUUUUCCUCAUGUACAAUACUAUUUCAUCUCCUGACUUAUAUCUGGCUUUCUUGCUUUUUGAUUGAUUUGCUUAUUAGCUUAUCUUGUAACUUCAGGAUUGACAUGUAUGUAUGUGGUGUCAAGUUUGUUGUGGAGGUAUCAUUCUACAGCAGUUUCUUCCUUGACUGCCUUUUGCCAGUCUUCACUUUCACAACUGAUUUCUGUUAACUCUGCCUGGAACCUCUUUCCUGCCUAUCUUUUUCUUACAACUCUAGCUUCCCUUUCAGCCCCAAAACACGUUUCCAUAGCUCACAUCCAGGGAUUAAAAAGAAAGUCUUCCUCCAGCAGCAGGCUCCAAGAUGGGAUGUCUGUGUAUAUGAAAUGCUAACUGAAUGGCUUUUCAGUUAGCAGUGAAAACUUCAGGUUUUUAGAAGUUCUGAUAGCUCUUUGAGUGCUUUUUGAGUCUGAUUUGUUUUAUGGUGGUGCUUUGUGUUUAAUUUGGGCUGUCAGCUCCUUCAGCAGCAGUCUGUAGAAUGCUGCACGCAGCUGUGGCACUGCAGAAACAAAUAAUACUGAAACUUCUGAGGCUGAGAACCACAACAGAUACUUGUGUCUUUCAGAUCCUGAAGUAGCACAGUGGCUGACCUAGUUAUUAACAGUAGCUUGCCUAGAAAAUGUCUUCUGAAGGGAUGUGAGGCCAUUUGGUCUUAGGAUCAUAGAUUAUCCUGAACUGGGAGGGACUCACAAGGAUCAUAGAGUCCAAACACUUUCUUAUGCUGUCUGUGGGAGUCAUUGCAAUUUAUUAUAUAUUAUUUUACAAAACCAAAGAAGUUGGAGUAGCAUGAGUCUUCCAUAAAUAAGAUGGGUUUCUUUUGGUUGCGGUUUUUAGAGUGAAUAAAAUCUUCAUAGCCACUGGAGUUAGGCAUACCGCUAUUGUUUUCUAAAAACAUCCUUUUAAAAAUUAAUUUUUAGAAUUGUUUUCUUUAUUUCUUUAUGUACAGUUUUCCACUCCUGCCAAGUUGACUUCCAGUUUACUCUUAGGUCUUUACUGCCUGUAAAAGAUUACUCCUAUUCACAGUGCCUAUUUCAGGGCUGUGUGAGGUGUGUAGUGUACAAUCUGAGCAGAUUUCAUCUGAUGCCCCAGUCCUAAUCUAUUUCAGGAAUUAUUCUACAGUCUGCUAUUUAUUUGAAACUUGACCUAGUUGAAUUCAAUUUUGCCAUUGCUUGGCACAUUCAAGCACUGCUGCCCUUGGACUACUGCUUUGCUUUGAUAAGCAGCUGUCCACUGGAAACAUUUCCUGACAGUUAAGUGUUGGCAGUUUGCAGACUUGAAACAAGAAUGAAAAUCUCUAAUUGCUCAAUAUUUGCUACUUUUCAAGCAAUUAGUUUUGGUUUCAGUAUGAGAAACAUGUUGCCUCCUUUUAUUUCAGCUGAGUUAGUUCAGUGGAUACAAGCUAAGGUCCACCUCCUGAAGCUACUAUUAAAACAAAUGCUUUCAGUUGAUGACAAAUUUGUUUUAAAAUGUUUUUACCACUUUAUGAGCACUACUACAGUUCCUUCUCUUUUAGUUUUUUUUACUGUGCAAUGUCAUUUCUUCGCUUUUAGUGAAGAGACUCUUGUUUCUAGCAGCUUCAGUGGCACAGAAAUGUCUGCGUCUUUUACUACCUAUGUUUUAUAUCUCAGCACUUAAUAUUCUUACACCUUCUCCAAUAUAUUUUGUAUUUUCUUCUUGAAGACUUUUCAAUUCAACCUUUAUUUCUGGAGAGUGCUGCUAAAUUCCUGUACUUCAGUACCUUCAAGGAUGAUGAUGGUAUUCUAUUUUCUUAAUGCUUUGCAUAACACUUUCUUGGCACAAUACCUUGCUCUGUGUGCCAGGGAAUAUUGAUGUCAUCCAUUGUCCUGUAAAAUAAGAUUAAUGGCUCUCAAUUAUUGCAAAACACCAUUCUGUGCAUGCUAUGGAUCAGCAAUUUAAAGCAGAAAGUAGGCAACCAAUCAAUAACAAAAUUCGGUGCUCUAUUUAUUCUUACUGCAAGUGAAGAAUACAAAAUGUUUUAACUGUUUUUCAGUAGAAGCAGUUAAACAUCACCCAACAUUCAUGUUCAAGAAAUAAAAACCCUCUGAACUAUGUAGUUCAGAACCUUGUGGGUCAAGGAUCAGAUUUUUGCAUAUACUUUUUAUACAUUUUUUGCAUAUACUUAAAAUUGAACUAUUGUCUAUCAAAUAUCAAUGUUACAUGUACAGACAAUUGUAAGCCAUGUUAUAUAAGUGAGAUGUAAAAUAAAUUGAAAACAUAAUUAUGCUUUGGAGUUGUUCCAAAAUAGAUCAUAAUUUCAAAGUAACUAAGAAUGACAAACAAGAAAGCUUAUGCUCAAGAUGGAAAAGGAAUACUAAAUGUCCUGAAAGGAAAUAACACUUAAGAUGAUAUUAGACUAAUAGUAGAAAUAGGUUGAUAUCUCAAACUUAUGAAUGAUCAUACUUCCUUGCAGUAUGGACUGAUGAACAGCUCUUGGCUGCGUGUAACUGGUUAAGUGAUGGACAAGGCUGCACGUGAGAACUUGAGUGGCAGGAAUUCAGGUGUCUUCUGCUGAUUUGGAUCAUGGAAUUGUACAGUUGUUUGAGUUGAAAGGGACCUCUAAAGGUCAUCUGGCCAACUCCUCUGCAAUGAGCAGGGGCACCUACACUGCAUCAGGUUGCUCAGAUCCUCAUCCAGCCUAACCUUGCAUGUCCCCCAGGAUGGGGCUUCUGCUGCCUUGCUGGGCAGCCAGUGCCAGUGGAGUGAAAUUGAACCAAGUUGCUGCACUGGCGUAUUCUAGUAACACAGUGCUUGCUUCAGUGCAUGGGAAGUAGUGAAGGGGUAAAGGGGCAGACCUUUAGGUAGAGUGUGCUUUGUGAAAUUGCCGUUUCCUCCUGUGUCAGCCUUCAGUGCUUCAGCUCUAAGAUUCCUGAUGGCUGAUAGGCUCAAACAGACUUUACUGGCUCCAAAAAAUGCUGUGUUUUAAUUCUCUUCUACUUGACAGGCAAAAGCAGCUCCUUCAGCAGAUUAAAGAUGAUGGUUAGUGUAUGAUUCUGGGCUGACUACUCCUGUACAGAAUGGAAGAAGUGUUUUGACUCUUUAAACUGUAGGUUCCUAAGGGCAUGCUUAUUGGCUGGAGCUGGAGCCUGUGAGUGCCCAAUGCUUUGAAUCAUAAUCAUUAAGGUUGGAAAAGACAUCUAAGGUCAUCUAGUCCAACUGUCGACUCACUGCUGCUACCAUGCACACUAACCAUAUCCUUCAGUGUUACAUCUAUGCAUUCUUGAAAACCUCCAGCAAUAGUGACUCAUCUUGCAUCCUUCGGCAGCCUAUUCCAGUGCCUUACCACUCAUUUGAGGAGAAUUUUUUCCUAGUACCUGAAGCAUCAGAAGUUACCAGAGGACGACGUUGCACUGCAUCCUUUCAUACUGGCAGUGCAAAUGGGAUGGCUUUUUACAGAGCAAGCUUGUCACUGGUCCAGUCCAUGGGAGUGCCUGUGAGGUAUGCUGAUGUGGGAAUGAGAGGGAGGACAUUCAUUUUCUUCUUUCAGGGUGUUAGGAGAUGCCAGAAUCUGCAGUGAUGCCCUUCAGCGGCUGUUUCUCAAUUCCUCAUUGCCCUUGUUAGUCACUGUUCAUCUACCCACACACUAGAAGUAUUUUUCAGCUUUCUGCCCUCUAAAUUUUAACACUCAAAACCCUGAGAAUCAAAUAUGUUAAUAAAUACCUUAACAACUCAGCUCUUUUAGGGUUUCUGUGGAAUGAAAGGAGUUCACAGUGUGCUUUUCUGUUCUGUAGUGUGGGGAAAUCCCCCACCAGGAGCAAGUGGGCAUCAGAAUCUCUCUGUCUUCCCUAAUUGGCAUCCACAGGAGAUCAGGCUCCUGGACAAGCUGUUGUGAAGCCACCUGUGACUACCUGCAGGUGACCCCUGUUUUGAGCACAGCAAUUCUCUGACCCAAAUGGUACAGGCCUGUGCUGGUCUGGAAAUGCAGGCUGGUUGUUCCCAUGUGCUCGUGAGGGCACUUCCUGCUAGUCUUAUGAGGAGUGGUUGGAUGAGCUGGGAUUGUUUCUUCUGGAGAAGAGGAGGCUUGGAGGAGGCCUCACUGCACUCUACAGCUUCCUGAAGGGAGGUUGUGAUGAGGAGGGGUUUGGCCUCUUCUCCCAGGCAACAAACAGGACCCAAGGAAAUGGCCGGAAGCUGUACCAGAGGAGGUUUAGGUUAGACAUAAGGAAGAACUUCUUCUCUCAGAGAGUGGUCAGGCACUGGAAUGGCUGCCCAGGGAGGUGGUGGAGUUGCUGUCCCUGGCAGUGUUCAAGAGGCGUCUGGAUGAGGAGCUGCGAGAGAUGGUUUAGUGCUUGUGGUAGCAAUGGUAAUGGGAGCACAGUUGGACUAGAUGAUCUUGCAGGUCAUUUCCAACUUUGUGAUUCUAUGAACUUGGCAUAUGUAUAAUGGUGGCAAGCAGACAUUGGUUUCUAAAAUCAGAGUAAUUUGCUAACUGAAAAUGUUGCAGUGUCUUCAUUUAUGGUUUUCUUCGCAAUCCUGUUAGGUAUAGAUAAGGCGUUCACUUGCAGGGAGAAAGAUUUUUAUGCACAUGUAUUUCCUCAUGAUGUAUCUGCAGCUCAGCAUUCACGUUGCUGGGAGAGAGGAACAGAACCUGCUGUUUAGUCAGGGAUUGAUGCUUCUGACGUAAGCAGCUUGCAGGUGUUCUUCUGUGAGCCUUUAGAAGGAUACUCAACAUGUGGCAUUGCAAGAACAGUUUCAGCGAACUUUAGGUAAGCAAAUUGACCUAAUUUAAUAAACCACUUUUCAUCAAGUGAGAUGGAACCAAAUCAAGUGCUUUUGCCAAGAAACGUAUUUUUAUUAGCAUGGUACAAUUGGUUGCUUAUUAAGCAACCUGUGUUCACAGUGUGUGCUGGGGGCAGGAGCAGAGCUGUGGCCUUGGGGUUUCCCACCCAGAGGGGGUAUGUUGGGGAGGGAGGGGGGUGGCUCCAGGCUUCCUGCACUGGGCUUUGUGUGGAACUGGGCAUUUCAAAAUAAAUUCAAGUGUUAUCGCACUGUUCUUUAAAUUGUUUGUAUUUUAAUUUUCAUUCUUUUAGCAGCAUUACCCCUAUUGUAUCCCAACAGAGACAUCACAAUCAUCAUAUCUGUAAUGGAUUUAUUGAAAGGCAUCUCUGUUCUUGUAACCUAUUCUAAUGUGUUGUGCUAGCAGACUAGAUCAUCUUCAGAGGUCUUUUCUAGCCUUAAAGAUUCUGCCUCUAGUGAUCAGCUUUGCCAUUAAGUGAAAAUAUCCACCUCUGGCCCCCCAGCACAGCUGCAGUACUUUUUGAUUCAGCAGAGAUGCUAAUAGGAAACCAAAGUAGUAUUUUUCUAUUCCUGACAGGCAGCUUACAUAAUGGGUACUCUUCUUCCUCAGGUACUAUAAAAACCAGACCCUCAAGAUGCUUAUUUGUCAAUGUUCAGUGAAUGCAUAUGAUUGUGUGCUGGUUUCCUCUCUGUCAAGGCAAUCACAUUUCAGUUCUCAAGAUGAAGCAUUUUUUCCCCUCUUCUUUGAGACCUGUUUAAACUAUUAGGAUGUUAUUAAGCUUAGUAUCAUUUAUAAGGAUAAGUCAAGCCAACAGGAUACUGAAUGGAAAAAUAGAAUAGCUUGAGAGUAUUUGCAGACUUUACAACAGUAUAUCUUGUUUUAAAAUUUUGUUUUUAUUAAAUAUUAUCUUAAAAAAAAAAAAAAAAAAGUUUU